ACGCCAACCAAUAAGAUAAUUUCUCUUAUGUGUAGAAGGAAGUUAACGGUGACAAAAUACAAUUUCACGUUAGCGUUUAUGUUGUUAUUUAGACGUUUAUUAACACAAACUAAUUUCACGGCACAGCAUCACAUACUUAACUCAGGUAGUCUUUAAUUCACGUUGGAGACAGGACUUGGUCGAUAUGUUAUCUAGGUAACGCUAGCUAGCUGCUAACAAUGGCUAACUGCAAUGGCAACGUUAUGGUUUUUCACACUCAAAUAGCCUCCAUUAUGGAGGUGCUGGCGAACGCAGCUGUGGUAGAGAUCUGUAAACUCGUAGACGACGACUAUGCAGUGUUUCGUUUGGAAAUUUCUCAAAGCCAGAAAGAAAACCGGGGAUUGCGGAGGAAACUACAGCUAAUGGAACUGAAGGUGGCACGGGAGCGUCGUCCCAGUAGUGUCAAGAUCCUCGACCGAUACAGAGGAACGACAAGAGGUGAAGGACAUCUCACUGGAGGCCACAGGACCUUUGUGAAGCCAGCGGGAUACAAUACAUGGCGAGAUGACCAACCAAUCACUGUUGAUGAGGGGAGUGGAACCUCAACCCAGCAUGUUAACGUGAUAGAUUCUGCAGAUGUAGAGGCUGCAGGUCCUGGAGGAUCGUCUCUGGUCAAGCAGGAGAAGUCUGAAGGAGAGGAGGACCCACGGCACAACAGAGACAUCCACCCUGUAGCCACGGAGGACCUACACACCGCUGCCGCGCCCAAGCCUAGGACACGGCACAGCAUCACGGAGGAGGAGGAGGGUCCAGAGGUGCAGCUGGUGAAGGAGGAGGGGUGUGAGGAGAGUCUGGGGAACCCUGAGGGGACCAUGGUCAUGGAGGACAACCAGACUACACCUCCUCCUGAACCCCCAGAGGAACCAGCUGAGCAGCAUAGGACCACACACAGUCUCACUGAGUCAGUAGACAUGGAGGAUGGGAAUCCGGAUCUGCUGAUUGUCAAAGAGGAGACAAUAGAUGACGGACCAGAGAGCAUUGACCUGCUGAGUGGACUAAAGAUGGGGGAGCAAGGUGGUUGGUUGGAGGCUAACAGAGGAGACUGGACGGCCAUCUUGGAUUCCCAGACCCAGACGGGUGCAGUCAAGGGCCCGGGAGACAACAUCACAGAGCAGGCCAGGACCAGACAUGACAUAGUGGAGGCCAGUGGAUGGGACAACGUCCUCAACUCUGGGCUGGGGCAAAACAACCAGAAACAGACAGUCAAACACAAAACCACAACCAAACUUAUUCUCCAAAACAACAGACUGGCUGAGACCAGAGCGAGGGGUAGAUUUGGUCCGCGGGCACGGGGAGGUGUCCAUAUGCGUCAGGAGAGAUCAGACACAGACUCGGCUAGCGAUGCUCCGUCCUGCUCCUAUAGUUGUGAUUCAGAGAGACUGAUUUCGCCUCCGGUUAACCCCCUAACAGGUGCUGCCUUCAGCCUGCCUUCUAUAGGAUCUAUCAACUGGGACAUGGACGCUGCGACAACACAGACUCUCCCUGACCUUCAUCCUCCUCACACUCUCCUAAUGGUAAACCAGACCUCAGACAAUAUCAGUGCCUCAACACUAAAUGGCUACACAAGCUCAUUGACAAAUGACAGUAGUAGAGACGCUAUCAGUAGAUCCAGUGGCAAAGAGAAGCGCUUCCCGUGUUCGUUCUGUGGGAAAGCCUUUCGUUUCCCCAAACAGGUAGAGAUCCACCAAAGGAUGCACACUGGGGAGAAACCAUUCAGCUGCCACAUGUGUCAGGACAGUUUUUCACACUUGUCCAGCCUGAAGAGGCACCAGAGGGUCCACACAGGGGAGAAACCAUUCAGCUGCCACAUGUGUCGGGCCAGUUUUUCACACUCGUCCAACCUGAAGAGACACCAGAGAGUCCACAGAGGGGAGAAGUCCUACAGCUUACCCAGUGUGAGAAGAGGUUCACCCACCAGCUGAAGAUGCAGCUGAAGGUCCACAGGAGAGAUGCCGUUCGCCUGUACACACUGCGGGAAGAGGUACUUCAGGAUACACCAGCAGAAAUUCACACGGCCCAUGUAUGGAGUAUAGCCCUCAAACUCAUCUCUGGACCUCAAUGCCAAUUCCACAGCGUUUUUUUUUUCAUUGUUCUCCUCUAAAUCAGGCACCGAUUUAGACCUGGGACACCAGGUGGGUGUAGGGCUGUUAGUUACAGUGACCGCCAUAGCGGCUGUCACGUCUCAUGACAGCAGUCAAACUCCACGUGACCAUUUAGUCACGGUAAUUAAGCUUCUCCAAGCUCUGAUGGUGCUGAUGAUCAUUAGUAGCCUACCAAACUUGCUAACUGCCUAGUGCUCAGCAUUCUGUUGUCCCUCUUAUCGCUCUAACAUCAAUGCAAAUGUAAACAAACACUUCAUGAGAGCAUAUGUUGCACAACAUUUCUAUAGACUAUGCAAUUUCUUGAGAAAACAGUGAUGGCCUCCAUUAAAAAGAGGAUCCCAUCAGAUUUCUAUAGGCUAAGCCUACUAUAUUCAUUUCUCAAUUUUCCUAAUAUUAAGCACAUUGUUUCUCUUUACCACAGGAGUACAGCCUACCUGGCUGGCAUGAACCACGGGAAAAGUGUCCACCAUUAGCUAUUUAAGUGUAUUUUUUUUCCCCCUGCCCCUGUUUUGAGACAGGUCCAUUCUAAAUCAAAACUCAUUUCACACAUUAUUUAGUAUAUGUAAAGACAAGAUUAAAUCAAGAGUAGUCUGAUGGGCGACGAUAUUAGCGUUUCAUUUGUAAAUGAUGCACAGCGUGUGGAGUAAAGCAAGAAACAGCACAUGCCUUUUUCAAAUUAUAGUCACACCUCAUGUAGCCUAGCCCAUAGGCCUAUAUGUUUCGAUAAGGUUUGUAUCACAUCUAAAGUAGCCAAAUAACUUCUUAAAAUGAAGCACAUUAAUCCGUGUUACAACAGGUGUAGAGCCUGAGUUUCAAAAAUACACCUUUUAUAAUAAAAGGAUUCCAUGCAUAAUAGAUUUUGCUAUGAGAAUGGUGUUUUCCCGCUAAUGGAACAUUCACGCAUUGCUGCACUUAUAAUGUGAAGAAAUUGCCUAAUUGUUUAUUAACAUUUUAAGCUAAAUGUCCUGAUCUUUUUCGUCAGCCUCAUUGCUUAAAAAAGGUUUUGAUGCUAGUGGUUGUAUUAAUUUGGGAUCUAUUGCAUCCCACAACUGUCCCAGGCUAUUUAUUUCUCACACAGAAUAGGUCAACUUUUGUACUAUGGGGGAUAGUAGAUUGACAUAGGCUAGUGCUUUUGCUGUUUGUUAGGCCUACUCAUCUUGUUGGCUGACAAAAUAAAUGUGGACAGUUCUUCCAAUAUCUUCAAUAUGCGCCUCGGAAUUGGAUAAGGACAUGCGCAGUCGCAUCCCCGACGUGUCCGUCUUCACUUGUAGCCUGUGAGAAAGAGCCGAUCACGUGAUGGAAAGCCAUGUGAGUGAGAAAUGCUUCAGAGCACCCAGACAGAAGGAAAUUAUAAUUAUUAUAUUCAGCCCAAGGGAACAACAGCCACUGGCUGCAAAAUGCAUGGAUUUUUUUGAGGGGGCAUUUUGGCCACACAAAGGGGAUGCCGCCGGGAAAUUCUAGGCAUUAUCAAGUGCUUGUCAAAUUGUAAAUGAGAGACUGAUGAAGUGUGUACAGCCUGCACAAAAAAAAGAAAGCAGAGCUCAUGCCUUUAAUGCACAUUUUUUCAAAUCGUCAUUAGUCGCAUUAUGCAGCCUUACAAUGUAUUAAAAAUCCUAACAUAUAGCUAAAAGUUUCACAACAUUUACAUAACUCUAAAUAAAGCAUAUAUAAGCAGUACCUGUUUCUUUGUUAACCACUCUGUAAAAAUGCUUCACUAAUGAAGUGACAACUAUGUCCCUUAGGUUGAUUCUGGUGUUUUAUAGUGAGAAUGCCUUAAUUAACUUGACAAAGUAGUGAAGAUAUGUGUAAUGUUGAACAUUUCCAAAGUAUUCUAAAAUUAAUUUUAUCCAAGCGAGGGUACCAGUUGUACAGAAAAGGUAGGGUUAAAAUAGUGAGUUAUUCGACUUACAGUUUAGCAGACACUCUUAUUCAGUGACAGUGCAAUGUAUCUGUUUUUAUCUCUAUCAAAUAAUCUCUGGGUAACAAUCGAGUACCUUACUGUGUAGGCUUGGGCGGUAUACCGUGUACUGGGGCAUUUGGAAAUGGGCACGGGAUGUUUUUUCAAUACCAUUAACUAUUUUAUAUAUUUGAAUAUACUUAUUGUUUGUGCAAUAAAAGUAUUGUACUUCAACGUUGAGUGUGACCAUUUUGAUGAAAUUAAAUACAGAAUUGACUGAU